UCAGUCGGUCUCGUCGAGUGACGGACGAGUCGCGCCGUUUUUGUGUUCCCGAUUUUUUUUUUUGUUUCUGCCUUGUAUUCUCCCGGCAUAAAUUCCCAAUAAUCCCGGUUUCAAAUCCAGUCCGGCGGUGGUCCAGGCGGGGUUUCUUGCACGCUACGAGGGUCGUUUUGUGUGUUCAGCAAUGACGGAAGAGAACGGUACGGAUGAACACGGCCGAUCGGAUUCGUACCGGGUAGCCACCAUACCGACCAGUUACGAUGAUAUGAAAACGGCGGACGGUCAACCCAAGGCACGGAGGAAAGUGCAAAAAAAGACCAGGAAACCAGGGGACUUAGAUGACCUGAAGCAGGAAUUAGAUAUCGAUUAUCAUAAAAUCUCGUUAGAGGAACUUUACCAGAGGUUUCAAACACAUCCGGAGAAUGGUCUCAGUCAUGCAAAAGCAAAAGAAAACUUGGAACGGGACGGACCCAAUGCCCUCACCCCCCCGAAAACGACACCGGAAUGGGUGAAAUUCUGUAAAAAUUUAUUCGGGGGUUUCGCUCUUCUGCUAUGGAUCGGCGCGAUCUUGUGUUUUAUCGCUUACGGUAUCCAGGCGAGUACCGUCGAGGAACCCGCGGACGACAACUUGUUCUUGGGUAUCGUCUUGGCUGCCGUCGUUAUCGUUACAGGUAUAUUCUCGUACUACCAAGAAAGCAAAAGCUCAAAAAUCAUGGAAUCGUUCAAGAACAUGGUGCCUCAGUUCGCGACGGUCCUACGCGAGGGCGAAAAACUGACCCUGCGAGCCGAGGACCUGGUGCUGGGAGACGUGGUCGAGGUGAAGUUCGGCGACCGCAUCCCCGCCGACAUCCGAAUCAUCGAGUCGCGCGGUUUCAAGGUGGACAACUCCUCGCUAACCGGGGAAUCGGAACCGCAAAGUCGCAGCGCCGAGUUCACCCACGAGAAUCCCCUGGAAACCAAAAAUUUAGCGUUUUUCUCAACCAACGCCGUCGAGGGCACUGCCAAGGGGGUCGUGAUCGCUUGCGGUGACAACACCGUCAUGGGCCGUAUCGCCGGUUUGGCCUCCGGCUUGGACACCGGCGAAACCCCGAUCGCCAAAGAAAUCCAUCAUUUCAUUCAUUUGAUCACCGGCGUCGCCGUAUUCUUAGGAGUCACGUUCUUCGUUAUCGCUUUCAUUUUAGGCUACCACUGGCUGGAUGCCGUGAUCUUCCUUAUCGGUAUCAUCGUAGCGAAUGUCCCGGAAGGUCUAUUGGCGACAGUUACGGUGUGUCUCACCCUCACGGCCAAAAGGAUGGCCUCCAAGAACUGCUUGGUGAAGAAUCUGGAGGCGGUGGAAACGUUGGGUUCCACCAGCACCAUCUGCUCGGAUAAGACCGGUACUUUGACGCAGAACCGGAUGACGGUGGCUCAUAUGUGGUUCGAUAAUCAGAUCAUCGAGGCGGACACGACUGAGGAUCAGUCGGGGGUGCAGUACGAUCGUACCAGUCCGGGAUUUAAGGCGCUUUCACGUAUCGCGACUUUGUGUAACCGGGCUGAAUUUAAACCGGGACAGAAUAACGUGCCGAUAUUGAAACGGGAAGUUAACGGAGACGCUUCUGAGGCCGCUUUGUUGAAGUGUAUGGAAUUGGCGUUGGGUGACGUUAUGGCCAUUAGGAAGAAGAAUAAGAAGGUAUGCGAGGUUCCAUUCAACUCGACCAACAAAUACCAAGUCUCCAUCCACGAAAACGAAGAUCCCAACGAUCCCCGUCACAUUUUGGUGAUGAAGGGCGCCCCGGAACGUAUCCUGGAACGGUGCAGCACCAUCUUCAUUUGCGGCAAAGAGAAGGUCCUGGACGAGGAGAUGAAGGAGGCGUUCAACAACGCAUACCUCGAGCUCGGCGGUUUAGGCGAACGUGUCUUGGGUUUCUGCGAUUUCAUGCUGCCCACCGAUAAAUACCCGAUCGGGUACAAAUUCAAUUGCGACGACCCGAAUUUCCCGUUGGACGGACUCAGAUUCGUAGGACUGAUGUCGAUGAUCGAUCCGCCGCGUGCCGCAGUACCGGACGCGGUCGCCAAAUGUCGUAGCGCCGGCAUCAAGGUCAUCAUGGUAACCGGAGAUCAUCCGAUCACCGCGAAAGCGAUCGCCAAGUCGGUCGGGAUCAUUUCCGAAGGAAACGAAACGGUGGAGGAUAUCGCUCAACGACUCAACAUUCCCGUAUCUGAGGUUAAUCCGAGGGAGGCAAAAGCGGCCGUGGUGCACGGCUCCGAGCUGCGAGAUUUGGCUUCUGAGCAGUUGGACGAGAUCCUGAGGUAUCACACGGAAAUCGUGUUCGCUAGAACGUCGCCGCAACAGAAGUUGAUUAUUGUGGAGGGGUGUCAGAGGAUGGGCGCCAUUGUGGCUGUAACCGGUGACGGCGUGAACGACUCGCCAGCCCUCAAAAAAGCGGACAUCGGCGUAGCGAUGGGCAUCGCCGGCUCGGACGUGUCCAAACAAGCGGCCGACAUGAUUUUACUCGACGACAAUUUCGCCUCGAUCGUGACCGGGGUGGAGGAGGGCCGACUCAUCUUCGACAACUUGAAGAAAUCGAUCGCGUACACCCUCACCUCGAACAUUCCCGAAAUCUCUCCCUUUUUGGCUUUUAUCCUUUGCGACAUUCCUUUACCGCUCGGCACCGUUACUAUCCUUUGCAUCGAUCUCGGAACCGACAUGGUACCGGCCAUUUCUUUGGCAUACGAAGAGGCCGAAUCUGAUAUAAUGAAGAGGCCCCCCAGGGACCCACAAAACGAUAAACUUGUCAAUGCUAGGUUGAUUUCGAUGGCUUAUGGUCAAAUCGGUAUGAUCCAAGCGGCAGCCGGAUUCUUCGUUUAUUUUGUCAUCAUGGCCGAAAACGGAUUCUUGCCCAUGAAACUGUUUGGAAUACGUAAAAUGUGGGACUCGAAGGCCAUCAACGAUUUGCCCGAUUCUUAUGGUCAAGAAUGGACCUACAAGGACCGAAAAACAUUGGAAUACACCUGUCACACCGCCUUCUUCGUCUCGAUCGUGAUCGUUCAAUGGGCCGAUUUGAUCGUGUGCAAGACCCGCCGUAACUCGAUCGUCCAUCAGGGAAUGCGAAAUUGGGCCUUGAACUUCGGUUUGGUCUUCGAGACCGCCCUCGCAUGCUUUUUGUCUUAUACUCCGGGCAUGGACAAGGGAUUACGUAUGUUCCCACUCAAAUUCGUCUGGUGGUUACCAGCGAUCCCGUUCAUGCUCGCCAUCUUCAUCUACGACGAGGUGCGACGGUUCUACUUGCGUCGCAACCCCGGAGGCUGGUUGGAGCAGGAGACGUACUACUAAGGAGCAGCUACGACCCCCUCCACUGCCACUUACAAUAGUAAUUGUUGUUUCGAUAGGAGUGACAUCGCUUCAGGGCAAGUCUUAACUCGUAUCAUAACAACACGGGAGAAGAGGGAACUCGAGCGCAAGCAACUCUUCUUCUCCUUUCCACUGUUUGAUUUUGGCAUUAAAUUACGAUGUCGUUCUCUAUCGAUUGUUGUACAAAUCAUGUUGCUAAUUCUAGAACAUUUACUGCUGUUACGCAGUCAUAUUAUUAACUAAGGAGAUUUAUUGGCCGAGGCCGAUCUAUUAUUAUUUAUUAUAGUACGGGCUCUUGAUGCCCGUCUUGAAAUCGUAUAAAGAGGUACAUCAGUAGUUAUUAAUUUGAUUGAUAUUAAUAUUAUUAUUAUUAAUUAGGGGUUGCGACAGUGUCUCACAAAUGGAUUGUUGGAUUGGGGUGCAAAUAAAAGAAAACGCUCAUUAUGCAGCUGUUAAUGUUUCGACCUUCAGUAGAUCAUCUUCAAUGUUCUAAAAUAGCUUUUGUUUUUCAAUUUGCUCCUUAAUCCCACUGUUUAGGUCGCAAAACUUCGUGCAGUGUCACUUUUUGUUUUCCCCUAUUGAAUUAAAUACAUUCCAUUGCGAGGGUACUGCGACAGGGUUGUCUCGGGGGGGUGUCCGUAGUACUACGUGGGGCUCUGGUGGGCAGUUCCAAUAGUUUUCUGUUAAUGGACGCACGCCUCUGCCGAACGAACGAAAGAAACGUUUUAGUAUUAUUUGAUAACGAGGGUCGUACUGAAACGCUUUAGGUCUAAUUUGUGUAUUUAUGCAUUUAGUAGACCUGAAUCUUUGCUUGAGUACAUUGGCACACAGCCUCUUGUUUAUUUAAUAAGAUUUAAAAAAAAAAAACACUUAGGUUAGCUAGGAGAUAAUGUAACUGUGUUGUUAAAUAAGUCUCAUUUGAAAAACCGGUCGUGCUCAAUACACAUGACUAGUCUACUACUACUACUACUAUUAAUAAUAUCAUUAUUAUUAUAAACGUUCGGCAUUUAUUUCUUCCCCCUCCAUUUGCGAAAUGUAUACUGUGACAAUUAGGCAGCAAAAAGUAAAAUAAAUGAGUGUGCUGAGAGUCUACGCUGCUUUUAUGGUGAAUUAAUGAUCAUCAUCGUAGGUCCGCUUAUUAUACGUAGUAGAGUUUUUAUGUUUGUUCACUAGUUUGUUUGGAAAAAAAUUAUAAUAAUAAGGCGUGCUGGUCCGAGACCAGGUGACCACAGUAUUCAUUAUUAUUGUAAAUAUUUUUAAGUAAAUCACUUAAUUAUUUUUCCGCUUCUGUUAUUUUCACGUUCAUAUUUUAGUAUGUAAUGAAGCUGUAUAAAUUUGGGUUUUAAUAAAAACGGAUGAUAGUGUUAAAGAAAA